UCGUUGCGCGAAGGGAAUUAGUUAAGAAAAAAAGUGUCAGUCAUUCGUAAAACGUCAACACAAAAACAGAAAUGAGAAAUUAUUUUUAAAAUGUUCGCAAAAAUGAUUUCUUCCUACAUUUCUGUGCUCCUCACAAUAUUAAUUAUUUCCAAGUUUACAUAUUGUGAAAGGCUUCAUGAACAAAUAUACUCGUCAAUAGAAGGAGGAGCAGCAUGUUUCAGGCGCCUGAAUGGCACACAUCAAGCAGGAUGCACUUCAUCAGACAAAGGCGCGGUGGGUGUGGUGCAUAUGGUGAGCAGUGUGAGUGAUGUCCAGUGGUUGGUGCACAACUCUUCGGCUGGGCCGUACAUGGCUGUGGUCAGCACUUCACUGUUUUAUGAUGUGGUGGAGCUACUUAUGAACUACCCCGACAAUGUUGCUGGGGUACUGCUGUAUGAUAAUGCUACAGCUAAGGUAGAUGAAUUCAGCCAAGAAUCAAGAUGUCCAAAUGAGUACUACUCUGGACCUGGCAGUCAAUGCUCAUCAACUGCAGCUGGUGGCAUUGUGUGGAAUAACAAAGGCACAGGCCUCAUACGUAGGGACAUUCCAUUCCCAAUCUUUUACUUACCAGAUACCAGAAUUGAAGAGGUAGUAAAAAUUCAGAAAUGUUAUGAGAGAUACAACAGUGAUUGGGAUAAUCAGAAAGGGAAUCCACUCUGCUCACUGCAGCUAAAUAGCUUUAUGUUUGCAGCUGUCAAUUCUAUGGUGUGCAUGAGAAGGUCUGCAUCAACCACCCUCUUGACAGCCAAUAAAGUGUGUGAUCCUCUGGGUGAUCAUAAUGUUUACUACUCAUUGUUCCCGCGAAACAAGGAAAAUCCAGCUACCAAAAAGCCUGUCCACUUAGUAACAGCUAGAAUUGAUACGGCCUCGUUGUUUGAUGGAAUGUCGCCUGGAGCAGCCAGCUCUGUGGUCGGGAUGGUGACAUUGAUCACUGCCGCCGCGACUCUUGCUAAAAUGAUUCCUGUCAAUGAUUCUCAGCUGUACGACAGCAACGUUCUGUGGACGCUGUUCAACGGCGAGGCGUUCGACUACAUCGGAUCCCAGCGCGUGGCUUACGACUUGUCGGUGGGUGCGUGGCCGCCGGUGGUGCCGCUCACGCCGUCUGACGUGAGGCUGCACGUGGAGCUCGGCCAGCUGGGCGGCUCGCUCCGGACUGACGGCCUUACCAAUAUACACGCCUUCUUCCCCACCUCGGGUUCCCCAAAGAUAACAGAGUUCCUACAGAUUUUGGAGAAGAAUACAGCAACAUACAACAUGGGUAUCGUUCAGCAAAAUACGCCAAACUUACCUCCGUCAUCGCUUCACUCUUUCAGAAGGAUUCUUAAAAACGUAACGGAGAGUGGGGAGUUACCUGAAGUGUUGUUAGUGGACCACGGAGAGACAUUCUCCAAUAAGUUUUACCACUCCGUCCUGGAUGAUUUCGAUAAUAUUACCUUCAACUACCGCAAUAUUAGUAUAGGAAGCGAUGGCAAAUUUAUAUCAACGGAAGAUUUGAUAGCUAACGGAACAAUGAAAGAGAGCGAGUCGCAAGUGAAGAUCUCUAGAUUGUCUACUGCCGUCGCGCGCACACUCUACGAGCAAGUCACGAAGAAGUCCUAUACCGGCAGUUUGACUGCUUCUGCGCAUUUGGUGGAUGAAAUGAUGUACUGUUUCCUGAGAAGCCAGGCUUGUCGGUUGCUGCUGGCAGCGGACUACGCUCAGACGGGGGGCGGGGAGGAGUCGCUGCCAGCGCGGGCGGCGCCGCUGUACGUGGGCGUGGCCGCGUGGCCUGGCACGCCCGCCGUCUUCGCGGGACACCUCAUAGCGCUGCUCACCGGCAACCACCUUAACGUGAACCGCACUGUCUGCGAUAAACGGGCCAAUCCUGAGUUUUCAUACUACUGGCUGAAAGGAUGGAAUCACAGCGGCAUAUGUAUUGAAACGACAAUGAAUUUCAGUCAAGCACUCAGCCCUGCGUUCACUACGCCAAACUAUGAGUACGCGUCGGGGCUGUACUCGACGUGGACGGAGUCGGUGUGGCGCGCCAUGUGGGCGCGCGUGUUCGUGGCGGCGGGCGGCGGCGGCGCGCGGGCCGCGGCCGCGGCCGGGGCGGUCACCACCAUAUUAGGCGCUAUAACCACGUACUAUUUGCGAAGAAAUUCGCGGAUCGUGUUCCGUGAUGGAAGCGCCAUCAGUACCGACGCUGCCGCUGGAAUAUUAAGGAGUGUCAACUGCUAGAAUCAAAUUGUGACGCACCACAACUACGAGAGAACAACAGGAGAAGUAGCAAAGGUUGGAGACUUUCUACGAGUCACAAAAUUACAGGAUUAUGUGUUCAAAGUAUUAUGAUGAAUGGAUCCAGAUCAGGUCUAGGCAGUGGAAGUUAUUGUGGUCUCAAUAGAAGUAUGAACACGCUUAUUAAUUAUUUAUUUUGUAAUUGUCACCAAAUACUAAUAGCUGAUUCAUACCCAUGACUGUUAAGUGAAUUUAUUUAAGUUAUUCCUAGGCAAUGUCUUAAUUCGUGAGCAGAAGGUAGAAGAGAUUUUUAUGAGUUAAUGAAAUUAAUAAAAACUAACUGUAA